AGUAUCUUUUUUGUUUGUCGUCCACCUCGACCUCCGCCUCGCGAGAUCUCUAACUCCAAUGGCGCCCGCCUCCUCCUAAACCUAGCCCCAACCCGGCCACCAAGUAGAAACCGGCGACCAUGUCGACCGAUAGGGAGAAGGAGCGGGAGGCGGAGCUGGAGGGCGCCAUGUAUACCAACUGCCUCCUCCUCGGCCUCGAUCCAGUCGUCCUCGGCUCCCCCGCCGGCGCGGCCUCUCCUCGCGUCGGCCUCUUCCGGCACUCCAACCCUCGCCUCGGCGAACAGCUCCUCUACUUCCUCCUAUCCUCACUCCGCGGCCCCGCGCAGUCCGCCAAGGACUUCGACAAAGUGUGGCCGAUCUUUGAUUCCGCGCAGUCCAGGGAGUUCCGCAAGAUCGUACAAUGUAUCAUCAGCGAGCUGGAGCAGCAGGGAGCGCUGCCACGGAGCAACUCCAGGGUUUCGUCUCUCGCCACCUGCUGCGGGCCUAGAUUUGUUGAGCUUUUGUGGCAACUCUCUGUACAUGCCUUGAGGGAAGUCCAUAGGAGAACAUUUGCGGCUGAUGUAGCAUCAAAUCCACUGCCGGCAGCACUCACAGACGUUUCUUAUCUUCAUGCAGCUGCAUUACUUCCUGUAACAAAGGCAAGGAUUGCUCUUGAGAGGCGUAAAUUUCUUAAAAAUGCAAACAUUGCUGUUCAAAGGCAGACAACCUGGUCAAAUUUAGCCCAUGAAAUGACAGCUGAAUUCCGAAGUCUAUGUGCUGAAGAGGCAUAUCUGCAACAGGAGUUAGAGAAGCUACAAGAUAUGAGGAACAAAGCCAAGCUAGAGGGGGAACUGUGGGACGAACGUAUCUCAAGCUCAUCUGGACAGAAUUCACAUUUGGUAUCUAAGGCAACACGUUUGUGGGAAUCGAUAUUGGCUCGCAAAGGUCAGCAUGAGGUUUUAGCUUCCGGGCCAAUUGAAGAUCUUAUAGCACACCGUGAGCAUAGGUACCGUAUAUCUGGAUCACAAUUGCUAGCAGCAAUGGAUACAAGUUCAAGCAUCCCGCAUUCUGAAUUACUAUCAGCUCGAGCUGGUGAAACGUCUCAAAUUUUGGAUAAACAGGAGCAGAUAUCUUUAUUCCAGGGAAAGGAAGAAGCUCUUCCAAUAUUAGAUGAUAGGAAUGGGCGUGUCCAACAAACUGUUGACGUAGCUGAAAUUCUUCGACGUUGGACUCAUGCUUUGCAGCGUAUUCAUAAACAAUCUCUUCAUUUGGCCAAAGCAAAUGAUGGGGAGGGGCCAGAAUUACUCCGCAGUGCGUCUGACAGCGAAACUAGUAGCCAUGCCGACUCAUUAACUGCAACAUUGGCCGAACAUCGCCAGCAUUUAGUCAGUAUACAGGGCCUAAUUAAUCAACUCAAGGAAGCUAUUCCAGCAAUGCAGCAGUCAAUAACAAAACUUUCUGAAGAAGUUAAUAGUGUACCUAGUAAUCUGAUGGAUCAAACAAACUCCAGACAGUUGUCUGUCCAAAAUACAGUGCUUGGAAGACCAGAAGAAAGCAGCGGCGAAGUUUCAGAGGUGACUUCUAAGCUCUGUUCAGCACAGAUCGGCAAGGCUGGGAGUAGUCCUGCUCUAAAGCUACCUCCUCUAUUUAGUCUGACUCCAAGUUCUUCUGGAAAAGGAGCACAGACACAAAGACGGAAUGCCUUAGCACACCAACCUAGGCAAGAAAUUAUGCCUGAAGAGAAAGCACUUACCCACCCCUCAGCCAAAGAUCAAGCAAAUGGUUCGAUGCAUGAAAAUGAUGGUUAUUUUGCUCAUGACAUCAGACGUUCUGUUCGUGAAGCUGCUCUAUCAAAGCCAUUGAGCAACAUGGAGAGUCCACAGGACAAGAGUAGUGAUGAUGGUUCAGAGCACUUCUUCAUUCCCCUAUCAACAGGUGCUGCAAGGAAGGAUGUGGGUGCUGUGGCAAACCGAAGAAAACAAAAGAUAGGUCCAUCGUCGUCACAGUCGAAGUUACCCAAGAGCACAAGCGAUCUUUACUUCAAUCCUGACAGCCCAAUGCAUACAACCCCAGCUGUGUCAAGUAAACUGAAUGGCCAUGACGAUCCAAGCAGUGCUGCAAACUUUUUUUAUCCAGUCAGUGGUCAGUCGUUUAUGACAGAUGAUGCUCUUGAUCAAGUAUUCUCCCCGCCACUUCUGCUGGAGUCUUCCUUGUUCCCCGACGCGUACGAGGACUUGCUUGCACCAUUAUCAGAAACUGAUGCAGCUUUGAUGGAACAUUAGGCUUCACGUGUAUACCAUGUAAUACUUUAACCACCCUGAAGCUUCAGUGCUUAACUGCAGCCCAGAGGUUCUGAUGGCUUAUUUCCAAGUGCGGAUGGCACAUACGGAGUGAAUUCUGUUGCUUGUUGAGUUGCAUGCCAGUUGCCACCAGCUUGUGAGAGGGAUGCUUGUGCAUCCUAUGUUGGAUCUGGAGAGAAGGGCGGCAAGGGGUAGAUGGUAUGGGAUGGGACAGUAGGAUGUACCGACUGCCAGUAAAAGGUUGCCAAUCUUAUGUUAGUACACAUGAUCUGUAUUUGUGUUGUAGUAAUUUUAUAUCCUCUUAUUCAAGUUGCUGUUUUGAUGCGUCCCAAUUGUUAUCCCCCAUGUCUUUAGGGCUGCGAGGCUAUUGGCAUGUGCUGGAUUGAUAAAAUGUUUGUUUUAUUUCGAAAGGAACUCUGUUAGUUAAUACUAGAAGGGUGAUUUUCAGUACAGUAGUAGGGUUAGUGUAUAUAUGUUAUCCUUCAAAUUUUGUGAAGCUUCUUUCCUUGCACACUUUUUUAUUGUAAAGAUGAGUAUUCUUGUUGAACAGUGCAUACUAGUGGUAAUGCAAAUGA